AAUAACUUGUGUAGACCUCAAUCAAACUUAUCAUCGAUUUCAUCAUUUGUAAUGCCCUCUCCAUCUACAAACCCUAUUUUGCGAUAUCAUCUUCUCACCACGCAUUGGUUCACGCUAACCACAAGCAUCCAACCCCAAAUCCCCGACUAUCUAUCACUUUGCACUUCCUUCUCCCUCCCAAACCGUCGUCUCCACCAUAAAAGUUCCCUUUCGAUCUUUACACCUACGAUCCCAUCAACAUCUAUCACUCAUCCUCCCGUAAAAACACAAAAUCCGAUCCUACCCAACCCCUCCCAAGGAAAAUAAAAAAUACAAAAACUUACCGACGAAAAAGCCGUUCCACGGGUCUACACACAAUAUUUUCCCCAACCUUCCCAUCCCUAUCCUUUUGCAUAUCGCAAUUGUAUUGCCAUAGUUCAAGUAAUUCACAGUUUUUGAGAUUCCCGUCGAAACCUUUUCGGUGUUGAGACUUGGACGUUAGGGUUGAUUCGAAGGGAAGGGCACUGGGUGGGAAGGGGAGGAGGGGUGGUGUCAUUUGUUCUUUGUUUGUUUGCUUGUUUGGGGAGGAGUGAGGAUUCCGAUUUGAGGGCGUGAGAAUUGAGAAAGAAGAGGAAAGAGAGAGAUCACAAUGGAUAUCAAAUCUAGCGAGGAGAUAUUCGGCGGCCGAUUAUUACGAGAAGUGGAUGAGAGCGAAGAGAGUUUGGAAUCGCUUCUCACAACUCUAACCCAUACUUUGAAUCCCCGUCCGUCGAGAACUCAGGUUGAUUCUCUAGAUGAAUUGUGGGCUGAUAAGUAUCAAAACCAGUCGAGAUUAUCGGUUUCGGGGAGACAGUUACCGUUGUUGAUUCAUAUAUUAAGUGGACUUUUGAGAGAUAGAGAUGGGAAGGUAGGAAAGUGUGUUGUGUUAAUUGAUUUGCAUGCGAGAUUUUCUCCUUCGUUUUUGGCGUUUCGAGAGGAUGAUGAUGAGGGACAGGAGAAUAAAUUGAAGAGGUCAGAUCUCAAACAUCUUCAUAUCUUUCGACCUUCGGUCCAGAAUCUGGAAAGUACGUUGAAGGGCGUGGAAGAGUAUAUGUUGUGUGGGGAGCAUGAUAGUUAUGGGAGGGAGUUUGGGGGGACGAUAGUUUUUGGGGUUGAGGGGAGGGAGGGGGUGGAUAUGGGGAGUUUGAGGGGGAUGGGGAGGCCGGAGGUGGUGAUGGGGUGGAGAGGGUGGAUGAGGGUGGAGAGGGAAGAGGUUGGGGCGUUUGGGAUGGGGGGGUAG